UGAGGGCUGUUCCAUUGUGUAAUCGAGAAGUUAUCGUUCUAGUUACGCCACUGAUCGAGUAUUUAGUAUUGGUAUCGGCCUACCUCUACUUCAUAGUUAGUCCAGACCACGAGCAGUAUACUCGCAGCAAAGAACGAAGCAAAUAACUCUCACAAACAAAACAUCUGAGAUGGGAAUAUCCUAUAGCACAGCCUUAAUACAACAGGUGACAGAAGAAAGCCAAAUCGACAUAAAAAGACAACUAAAUGAAAUGCUGGCGGAAGUCGACCAACAAAAAUGUUUAGUGACUGAAAAUGUCAUGGAACAAAUACAGUUGCAUCAAAAUUCGGUGGUUAUGAGAUAUAGUGAUCUAACAGACAAAGGAGAAAUCACCAAAGAUAUUCGUGGGAUAGUAAAGGGCGAAAAUGCUGUAGAAUUUCUUUCGGAACAUGCCGGGAAGAUGAUCGAUGUGUUUGAAAACAGCAAAGCGAUGAAAGAAUUACAACGCUGGAAUCAGGUGAAAAAGAUUAAGAGAUGUGGCAACAAGGUUGUUGGUAUGGAGCUACAUUACAAAAUCAUUAUCAUGGAUAAACAAGUGGGUGUCAUGUCACAUGUUGGUCGUGGAACAAAAGAAACCAUUGUCAUUCUUGCUUAUAAAUACAUCGAACAUGCGCUUUCUACAGAUCCUUCUGCUCUGCCAGACGAAGAAAAAUUAAAGGCUCUGCGUUUCUAAAUUACUGAAAGUCAACGAGAACGUUUUCUUGCAAAGUAUACGAUCGAAACUAUUAAAAUGACGGUUGUUAGAAUUUUAACGCCCUAACAGCCCAGUACUUUUUAAACUUUUAUAAUAUGUUUUUGUGCUCAU